CUUUUGCGCAUGAGCUAAUGUGAUGAAGAGACAAUGAAAAUGGCUGACAUGGAGACGGUUGUGUAUGACAGCGGCAGAGAACAUGGGGGAGAGGAACCCGACAGUUCAGAGAGGAGUGGGAAUGAGGAUAAUGGUGAUUGCACAGGAGAGGAGGUCACAAGAGGUGGAAAAGCCGAACUCGCCAAGCCUGAUGCUAAACACAAGAGAAAGAAACACAAACACCGCAGCAAACACAGGAAACAUAAGCACGUCUCUCCAGAAGACAAGGACCGCAGACACAAGCACAGGCACAAACACAAGAAGCGCAAACGCAAAGAUUCAGCUAAAGGGGAUGCUGUGGACAGUUUCUUGGAGGCGGAGAAGGAUAUCUCGCCCUCUUCACUGAAGAGGCCGAGGCUGGAUGACCUGGCUGUCUUGGAGGACCUGGAAAAGCAAAGAGCCAUGAUCCAAGCUGAGCUGGACAAUGAGCUGAUGGAGGGCAGGGUGCACUCAGGCAUGGGGCUCAUCCUACAGGGCUACAACUCGGGCUCUGAGGACGACGGCGAGUUUCAGGAGAGGAUUCGUAACGGAGAGCCGCUGAGGGGACAGGGUGGCGCACACUCGGGGAGGGAGGCUGGGAGGAGCAGAUGGGACUUCACAGAUGAGGCCUCUUUUGGCUUCAGACGUCGCAGCCGAAGCAGGUCCAAGGACUGCGAGGUGAAACGGCACAAGGACGAGAGAAGAAAGAGCAGGAGCGAGGCAGAGACAGACUGCAGGCAUCAGGAGAAAGCCCGCAGGCGGUCUCAGGAGAGGAACUCCAGAAGUACAGACCAGUCCAAGGAGAGGAGAAUCUCAGCAGAGAAGGUCAGCCAGCACUCCCAGUCACCCGAAGCCCAGCUCAUGAGCAGCGCGGUUAAAAGACCCCCUUCACCUUCCACGGCGCCACCGGGAGAACAGAAAUCCACACAGGCCAAAUCAGGUGAGCGGAGGAGCCGGUCCAGAGAGAGGCGCUCUCGCUCCAGAGACCGGAGGGCCAUGUUGCCAGAGUCCGAGAAGGAGCGGGACGUGGACAAGAAGCCAGGCAAGUCCCCCACCAAAGAGACGUCGUCAGGGAAAGAGAACCGAUCGCCCAGCUGCAAGCAAGGGCCCAGUGACUCCCCCAGGCGAAGGGAGCACCACUCCCCCCAGCGCCCCGACAGGAGGUCCACCCAGAGCGCCUCCGCACCCCGCUAUAGAUCUCCAGGCAGACGGGGGCACUCACGGUCUCCAGAGAGGAGGAGGAGGGAGGGAGAUCGCCCAAGGCCCUCACCUGUCAGACCACGGCCACGAGAAGACGUGGCAGUGAGAGGCAGAGAGGGGACCAGGGAGGUGAGCCCCACACCGGGUGGUAGACGAAGGCCCAGCCGUUCACCCCCGAGGCGUAGGUCCCGCUCUCCCAGGAGACGGAUCAGCAGGUCCCCUUUCAGACGCAGGUCUCUAGAGAGGGACAGAAUGGCGCGAAGGCUGCAUCGGCGCCCCGGUUCACAGGAGCGUCGAGGGAAACGAAGCCGUGACCGAGAGGACAAGUUUAAAGGCAGCCUGUCGGAAGGCAUGAAGGCAGAGCAGGACGAUUCUGACGACGAAGUGCUGGAGGAUUAUGAGGUGAACGAAGAGGAUGAGGAGGCUCUCAUUGAGCAGAGAAGACUUCAGCGCUUGGCCAUUGUGCAGAAGUACAAGGCGGGGAAUGAAGACAGUAACGCGUCGGCACCCUCAGAGCCUAGCAGCCCCCAGAGCACCCCCCGCAGCCGUUCACCAUCCCCCGACGACAUCCUGGAGCGCGUGGCUGCCGACGUCAAGGAGUAUGAGCGCGAGAACCUGGACACCUUUGAGGCCAAUGUCAAGGCCAAGCAGAACUUGCUAGCCCAGGAAAAAGAAGGAUCCAGAAAGCCGUCAGCGCCAGAUAUGUUUACGGAGUCAGAUGACAUGUUUACUGCUUAUUUUGAUAGUGCAAGGCUACGAGCAGCUGGUAUUGGCAAAGAUUUCAAGGAGAACCCCAACCUCAAGGACAACUGGACUGAUGCAGAGGGUUACUAUCGGGUAAACAUUGGGGAGAUGUUGGACAAGAGGUAUAGUGUGUAUGGAUACACAGGACAUGGUGUGUUCAGCAACGUGAUCCGUGCCAGAGACAUGGCCCGAGCCAACCAGGAGGUGGCCGUGAAGAUCAUCCGGAACAAUGAGCUCAUGCAGAAAACUGGACUUAAAGAGCUGGAGUUCCUCAAGAAGUUGAACGACGCUGACCCUGACGACAAGUUCCACUGUCUCCGGCUCUUCAGGCAUUUCUACCACAAGCAGCACUUGUGCCUGGCGUUUGAGCCCCUCAGCAUGAACCUCCGUGAGGUGCUGAAGAAGUAUGGCAAAGAUGUGGGGCUGCAUAUCAAGGCUGUGCGCUCCUACAGCCAGCAGCUGUUCCUGGCUCUCAAGCUGCUCAAGCGCUGCAACAUCCUCCAUGCUGACAUUAAGCCAGACAACAUCCUGGUGAAUGAAUCCAAGACCAUCCUCAAGCUGUGUGACUUUGGGUCAGCCUCCCAUGUGGCUGAGAACGACAUUACUCCAUACCUGGUCAGCCGUUUCUACCGGGCACCAGAGAUCAUCAUUGGGAAGACGUAUGAUUAUGGAAUCGACAUGUGGUCAGUGGGAUGCACGCUCUAUGAGCUGUACACAGGAAAAAUCCUCUUUGCUGGGAAAACCAACAACCACAUGAUUAAGCUCGCCAUGGACCUCAAGGGCAAGAUGCCCAACAAGAUGAUUAGAAAAGGCUUGUUCAAGGACCAGCACUUUGAUCAAAAUUUAAACUUCUUGUACAUAGAAGUAGAUAAGGUUACAGAGAGAGAGAAGAUCACCGUCAUGAGUACCAUUAACCCCACCAAGGACCUGCUGGUCGAUAUGAUUGGGUGCCAGAGACUUCCAGAGGACCAGCGUAAAAAAGUAGUUCAAAUCAAAGACUUACUGGACCAGACUCUCAUGCUGGACCCGGCCAAGAGGAUCAGCAUCAACCAGGCCCUGCAGCACCCCUUCAUCCAGGAGAAGAUCUGAGAUCUCACAGCACCACACCAGACUGCUGAGGACACUCACACUUAAGUACUUCAAAUUCUGUCCAAAACAUGCUGCAAACAGUACAUUUGUAUCUGCAGUCUUGACUUUAGCAACAAGCGUUUUAAGCUUCUCGCCCAGACUUUUUUUUUUCUUUUUUUCACGCUUUUAAUAAUGUAUGUAAUCAAAUCAGGGGUGUAGAAUAUCCAUUUAAUUUGUUCUUCAAAGAUUGGCUGUAAAAUAUCAAGAAGAACUGUUCUGAAGUCUACUUUAAGCUGACAUUUUACAGAAUACAAUGUCUAUUCUACGUUUAACCACAAGUGUAAAAUAAGCUUAGCUUUUUAGCUGUGGUAGCAGAGUUCCUCAGAACUGUAAAUAUUUUUCACUAGGCUAUUCAGAACCAGAGGGAAGAGGUUGCUGGGAUUCAGCAAUGCUGAAACACAAACACAAAAUGUCAAUGGGCCUGUAUUUAAGUUUCAGUUUCGAGCGAAGUAGACCGCCUGUAUAUAGGUGAGGUAUACAGUGUGGUCUUGGUAGUGUGGUGUAAGACCAGCAUAAAUGCUGUACAUGUCCACGUCUCCCUCAGGUGUGAGAGGCGAGAGCGCCCACCCCAACGGUGUGCAGGCCCGUCCGCAUGCCCUUCGCUGUAGGUGUGUCUCUGCCCAAUUUGGCAUCUUGGGGUCCUACUGGUGCCCACCUGCAGGGAAGUCCUCCUCUUUUCAGGCAGGUUGUGUACCACUUUCAGUACACUGAAGGUAAGCAUACCCCGGCCUCCUCUCCCAAAGGACCUCAGUCAACUCCUGGUGUUCUUAUCACAUGUUCAUUUGCUUGUCAUGUGGUCUUCUCUUAAUUCAAUUGGUUUUAUUUUUGGGGGGUGGGUGGCGCCUGCAUGUUGUAAAUAGACAAGGACGGAAGACUAAAAGAAACCCUCCAUCCUUUUCGUGCAAAAACAGCAGAACAGGCUUGAAAACACUUGAGCAAACUAGUCUCAGGAGAGAGGUACUUGGGGUAAGGGUGGGAAGGGGGGGCUGCAGCACCUUCAGUGUACUGUUGCCUCUGUCCAUGCAGACCUGUUUUGCCACUCAAGUGCAGUGUGCUCUCCCAGUUUCCUUGUUUUCGCCUUUGAAAUUGCGUAUACCACACCCUGACAUGUUGAAACUACAAUUGUGUCACCUGCACUACCCCUGUGUUUCUUUCAGUUUAAAUGUGCACUUUCCAAAAAAAAAAAAAAAAGGCAGUUGGAAAAAGCUUUUCUUGUCUAUAUUGUUCUUAUGUGUGUUUGUGAUCAUGUUGUCUUUUGAUACAGGGAUAUUCCUGAUCUGGUCUUUGAAUCUGCUUGUUUUGAGCGGUAAUUGCUUCUUUACUUUAUUUACUCAACACUGUCUAGGCCACCUUGGGAAGUUCUGUAUACAUUUACAGAAAUAAAGAGAAAACCAAACCAAAAUAACAGCCAAUACAGUAUGAAGUAGUAAAUGUUUAACAAUUUUCUCUUUGCAUUUUUAUUUGAAUUUUUUGGUGUAGAAGUCUAUCCUGCAUGUUGACUACAGUUUGGAUCUAUUGUAAAUUUACAGUAAAUGUGGUAUUAAAGGACAAAAAAAUAAAGAUGUUUUCUGAAGAGAGUAAUGAAAAAAAAAAAGUAUGAAGACCUCCGGUCUCUCAUUUUGAAACAGGGCCGUCAAUCAGUUUCAUCAGUGAAUAUUCACCUGCAAUGAUGACUGAAUCUAAAACUCUCAAAAAGGCCAAAGCCUUGCCUUCCCUGUGUAAGAAAUAGACUCUGUGUGCAUUGCAGGAAGCAGUAGAGCAUCCAUAUGUGUAUUUCCCACCACUAACUAUUGUUUAUGAUGUUUUUCCUGCUGUCCCCCCUCCCUCCCCCCCACACCUCUCCCGGUCGCUGAGAGAGAGGCAGAGGCCCUGUAUGCCCCACCAGCCCAGCGGGGCUCUGCCCUGUCCAUCACCCUCCAGAGCCUGCCUCUGCUUUCACUGAGACGACACCUCCACGAGGCUGCUCACACCCAGGUCAUUUCUAAUGGCAUGUGUAGAUGAGUGCCAAAAGCCAUGUUAAGAUGUACAGUUGGAUAAGGGAUAGGACGAAUUUAAGCUUCAUUUGCAAGUGUGUCCAAGAAGAAAGAUAGCUCUGUAGGACACUUCAGUUAAAUAUUUUACAAUUGCAAAGGGCUCACAGGUGAUUGUGAAAGUGCAAAAUGUCUGCCGAGUCCCAUUUAAAAAAGACUUGACCACAGAAGCAGACUUCUGUGAAAUGAUGCUUGGGUAGGAUAUCCAUGGGUGUGCAUGAAGAGGCCACCUCCUAAUCUAAUAUGAGGCUGUGGAGACGAGCAUCAAAGUGUUUAUGUAGGCUAGUGUCUUGAAACUGUUUUAAUAUGUUUGUUUUGCGUAACUGCUCGUCAUAAGCAGCUACCAAAACCCUAAUCCUGUAGCAGCCUGUAGAAAUGUGUAAUUGGGUUAAUAGUGCCUUUCAUACUUCUUGACAGCUAGUCAAUAUGGAGAACAUCCUCAUACACAUGAGCUGGUUUUCAGAUGCUUCAGUCUGUAUUUUCUUUUAAAGCGUGCAGCAAGAUGCUGGUUUACGUAUUCUCUGUUUUAGGUGCAGUCCCUUAGAGAAGUCUCACAGGGAACCUCUUCUGGACAAAGGUUUCUGUUUUAGAGAGAGCUCUUUUUCUUAGCUUUGAACAUGACAGCAGUCUGUUUUUUUGCCUUUGUCCCCUUAAAAACUAGCUUCUAACAGGUAGUUGAAAUGGUACAUUGUAGUACAUUUGUAGUACGCUAUUUCAAUGUUAAAUUAUUAAUAUAUAUUUCACAUGGAGUACUGACUUCAAACUAUUUACAUGGUGACAUUACCACACUUGAACUAUUAAUAAUUAUGUGGCAUAUCUGUGCCAAGUGACCAACAUUGAGGUAAUGCCUUUUUUCUUUGUUACUGACCAAUCUGUACAGAUGCACUUGUAUGAUUGCUUUGGUGACCUUAAAUAUUUGUGUUUUUCAGGGUAAGUUGCAGCUUCUUCGGGUUUCUUGUUUGGCCAUACAAGACAUCAAGUCCAGAUUUCCCGUUUACUGCCAAGUGAUUUGUUCUCUGUGGAGUGCAUCAUUUUAUUUAUGUUUAAGAGUGUUGAUAGGUCCAAAUUAUCUUACGUCAAAACGUUUUGGUGUAAGAACAUGCCUAGAAACUGUGGUGUAUAUCAAACUUCAAAAUAAACUGUGAUGAUUAAAA